CGCGUGCGGUGCUCGAUUCGCUCUCAGAUACUUUUUGCCAGUUGAGCCGAGUACGUGAACGUGUCUGGACGUUUUUAUGGACAAGCGACACACACAAUUCUGAGAUACAACAACAACAGUUCAGUUCUCCCCCCCUCUUCGCAACCAAGCAUCAAUCGAAACCGAAACUAAAACCUAAAACUCAAGCAAAAAUCUGCCGAAAUCGCAAGUGUUUUUUGUUACCCAAAAAAUAAAAUAUAUAUCAAAUUUGAUUUUCGCGCGCGUGCAAAUUUCCGGUUACCCCACCUCUUCCCCGCCACCCGCUCUCUCGCGUAUCAAGUGAUCUAGCAGCUGGGCAGGUAACUCGUUUAGCGUCGUGUGUGUGCAAAAAAAAAAUAAAAGAAGUGCCAAUAGAGAAGCAUAGCAAAAAGAAUUAAUGAAAUGCUAGCGCGUUUAUGAAUGGUUUCGGCCUCAAGCGCGUAUCUCACAGAUACAUUACUGCCAGCAUCAAUAAAUCGCGAAGCGUGCGAAAAAAAAAUAAUAUAUUCGCGAGUUUUGUCCAAAAUUUUCCGUUGUGCUUUCUUCCAUAAAGUGUUUUUCUGUCGCCGCACGUCGCACGUCGCAAAAUUUUCCAGCUUAACCAUCCACAGCUGCUAACAUCAUAUUUUUUUUUGGAUUAUUAUGCAGCACAAAUUGUGUGUGGAUUAGUCCACGAGUGGAUGCACAUGUGUCAGCUGUCCCACAACUUUUCUGGUGACAACAACAACAGCAACAAUAAUGUAAAAAAUGCAAUAUAAGUGACAACAAAGUUCCGGCGUUGAAAUUGAAAAUUAACAAAAUAAAUGUUUUAAAUUAAAACACAGCAAGCAGAACGAGAACACAAGAAGAAGAGAAGAUAGCGCAUUUUGAAUUGUUAAUGAGCCACAAAAAGUGUUAAAUGUUCAUGACGUUGCCGCAGUCGCCGUCGCAGUCAUCGUCAUCGACGUCAGCUUCGAUUACUCAACAGUGCUGAAAAGUCAAUUAAAGGCUAAACAGCAGAGAGCGCCACGAAUGUCGGACGCCAAAUACGAAAGCCAUUGGCAAACUUGGCUAAAACGUAUUUAACCCAAAACACAGAAAAAUAAAAGCGCACACAACUGGAGCAGAAAUAGGAAAGAGGACAACGAAUACAACAAGGCAUAGCCAGAGAGAGAGAGAGAGAGAGAAGAGUUAGAAAGAGACAACUAAAGGGGAGUAAUGAGCAGACGACGGUCCUCGUCGUCGUCGUCGUCGUCGUCGUUGGCCAUGGCAAUUACCAUGUCGCCGCUGCUGGCCGCACUUUUGCUGCUGUUGCUGCAGCUCGUGCUGCCGACAAAUGGCCUGGCAAAUUGUCCAAAUGGCUGUGAAUGCGAUGACGAAACACUGAUGGUCAACUGCGGUGUCGGCAGCCUCGAUGUGCUGCCCAUUGCACUCAACCCCUCCAUCCAGCGACUGGUUAUCAAGAACAACAAACUGAAGACCAUCGACUCAUCGAUGCAGUUCUAUUCGCAGCUGCAAUUCCUCGAUUUGUCCUACAACGACAUGGUCACCAUCCCCGAGCGUUCCUUCACCUAUCACGCCAAGCUGCAACAGCUGCAUCUCAAUCACAAUAAGAUUGGACAGGUUAGCAAUAAAACCUUUACGGGUCUGAGCACAAUUAGCGUGCUCAAUUUGCGUGGCAAUCUGAUUGCGGAGCUCGAGUAUCGCACCUUCUCCCCCAUGGUCAAGCUGGAGGAGUUGAACCUGGGACAGAAUCGCAUCAGUCACAUUGAUCCGCAUGCUCUGGAUGAUUUGGUCAAUCUGCGUGUACUCUAUCUGGAUGACAAUACGCUAACCACGGUGCCAUCUGAGCUCACUUUCCAGGCGCUGCACAGUCUGGCGGAGCUUUACCUGGGCACCAACUCUUUUAUGACCAUACCGGGAGAAGCUUUUAAGGAUCUGAAAGGUUUAACCCGACUGGAUCUGCGUGGCGCGGGAUUGCACAACAUUUCAGGCGAAGCACUGAAGGGUUUGGAAGGUGUGCGGUAUCUCGACUUGUCGGACAAUCGACUGCAAACGGUACCCACAGCUGCACUGCAGCAUCUGGCGCGUCUCGAGGAACUUUCGCUGGGUCAAAACGAUUUUGAGCUGAUCCCUGCAGGUGCCUUUGCCGGACUGCGUGAGCUGCGUCAACUGGAGAUCACCGGAGCACAACGUUUGCGUCGCGUUGAGAGCGGCGCUUUUGCCGCGAACACGAAUCUGCAGCACUUGAAUCUCUCGGCUAACAAACAGCUGAGCGAAUUGCAGGCGUAUGUUUUGGGCGGUUUUCCUCAUCUACGCACUGUGGUGCUCAAGGAGAAUCAGCUGAGCACGCUCUCGGAGAGUCUGUUCCCCUGGUCGGAUCUGCAGACACUCGAUCUCUCGGAGAAUCCCUUCGUCUGCGAUUGUCAGCUGAUGUGGCUGCGCAAUUUGCUCAUCAGUCGCAACGACAGCAAUCAAUAUGCGCCAGUUAUUUGCGCCUAUCCAGCGAACCUACGCGAAAUGCCACUUACACAGCUCGCUGAGCCGCUGCUGGGCUGCACUCACGGCGCAGCGAACAAACAAGCCAUCAUUGGUAUCAUGGUUGUGGGUUGUGCAGCUCUCAUCACAACGCUCGCUUUGGUUAUCUACACGUGUCGGCGGCGUAUACGUGAUAUGCUGAAGGGACAUUCCGCGCUGGGGCGCAAGGAGCGCGAGUAUCAAAAGACCUUCUCGGAUGAGGAGUACAUGACACGACCGCCGCCUGGAGCAGCUGCUGGUGGUGUCUGCGGUGGCGUGCAUCCGGCAUCCGGUUACCCGUGUGCCAGCAGCUACAACUCGCAAUAUUUGGGCAGCCGGCCGAUUCCAGUCACCGAGCUAUAGCUAGAAGCUCCACCCCCACCUCAGCUGCGGGGUCGGGGUGGUGCCACACUCCCCUCCUCCUCCUCCUCCAUCACCUCCAACGCCACAACCGAAACAGCCGCACUGCAGCAGCUGCAAGUGCCCAGCAGUGCGAUGGACGCACAUGCUCCGUUCGCUCAACUCAGUCACAUUCAUUACAUGACCAACAACAAUGCCACAGCACCAACAUCAACAACUACACCGCGUUCGCAUCACUCGCAGCAGGACAUGCGACUGCUGGCCAAUGGCAAAUCGCUCGGCUUGAAUGCCUCGUUGCCCCGCCACAUGGCUGGAAUGCCGCGUCAGUGUCCGGGCGCCGUGCAGGAGAGCACGCUGUCGCAUUACAGUCAGCCGAUGGGCAAUGGACAUGCCGGCAUUCGACUCACCCAGGAUCACUUCAAUCACAAUGGCAGCAACGGGGGCGUGGCUGUCUAUGCCAAGCCCUGCGAUGCCAUGGCUGAGGCUGGAUAUAUCCACAAUAAUUCGCAUUAUUCGCUGCCUCUUGAUCACGAUAUGCCACCGAGUCCCACGCCCACGCCUCCGCCUCCAGCUUUGCCGUUGCGCAAUGGACUCGGUGGCAUGGCCUUGGUGCAUGGCAACACCACGGGCAGACGCUCGUUCAACAACAACAACAAUGUGGCCACGCUCUCCAACAACAAUCACAACGGUGUGUUGAUCAAUGGCAACGGCGGCGGCGGCUGCAACAACAACAACAACGGGAGUCUGCGUCGCUAUCACUGAUAUACGCUAAAGUCGUGUGGCACGCUGGGUCGCACCAAGCCGCAGUUGCAACAACACAGCGCGGACAUUGAGUUGUAUCACUUUUACAAGGGCUGAUGCUGAGACUGAGACGAGGAUCCGAAGACAGAGACGGAGAGAUGGAGAGAGAUCGGCUCGCAUUGUGUUAAUUAAUUAAUUAUGGUAUAUUUAUAUAAAUUGUAUAUUUAGUUAAACUCUUAUGCUUAUUCAGGCGCAAGCAUUUUGUAUAAAUUAGCAUUUAGUUGAACCACAAAUAAAUACACAAAACGAAUCAAAUCUGAAUGAAAUGCGUGUACAUACAGUUUGACAUGCACAAUGCACAGUUUGACAAUAACCGUUUGGCAGUCACCACGCUGCAUUGUGCCUGUUGUACGUUUUGUUUCGCAUCCAGUGAUCUUAACUAUUAAGUUUUGCUUAAAGUUUUCAAUUCCUGUAAAUAAUUCGAUUCUAUACAAAAAUAAAAUACAAAAAUUCAGCAAAAAAAUCCAAACAAAAAAAAUACUACUAAAAUUGUAUACAAUUAAUUUACGCUUUUAAGCACAAGUCAUUAAAAAUAUAUAUAUAUACAUGUAUUUAGUAUAAAAUAUUGCAAAAUCUAUACAAAAAAAAAAUUAAUAAAAUCUGCAAAAAAUAAAACUACGAUCCAAAUAUGAUUAUGCAAAAAACAAAGGAAAAAACACAUAGAAAAAACCCAACAAAUACCAAGCUGAAAUCAGUUAUGAAAAAACGGGCUAAAGAUAUAAGAAAUAUCAUAGAUAACAAACCAUUUUUAUAGUUAAUAAAUUCACAACAAAAAGCAGUACAGUACGUAAACUUAAAUUACUUAUUGAAAUAAUAAAUAAUGCAAAGUUUAUGAAAGGUAACAAACAUAGCAAAAAUUAUGCAAAACUACGCAAUAUUCGUAUAUAUAGAUAUAUAGAUGGUACUACAAAUUGACACAGUAUGAAUACAAAAGCAAUUUAAGCAACAUAAAUAACUAUAUAAAAAAUAUGUGUAAAUAAAACGAAAACAAAAAAAAAUUAUGCUCGAACAAAUUUAAUAUUCAGUUGUUUUUCUGUUUGGCCAUUUGGCUGAUUGCCUUUUUUUUUGGUUUUCAAUGUAUCUAUUUUUUUCAGUUUAGUUCCGUUUUUUGUCAAUUUGUGACGAGUUGGCAACACCAUUAAAUAAUUCGAACUGUACAUAAGUAUUUAAUAAAUUUAAUGGAACAAAAUGCAAAACACAUACAAGGGAGUUAAGCGUAACCUUAAACUAAACAGAACAAAUUUAUAAUUGAAAAACUUAUUCAAACGUAAAUUCAUAUUCAUAUUUCAUAACAACACAAAUCUCUCAUCUAGUUAUAUAAAUAUAUACACAUACGACUACAUACAUAUAUAUAUAUAGAUUGAUGAAAAAACGGAGAACAAAAACAAUGCAAAAACAAAACAAAAAAAGGAAAACAAAAACAAU